AUGGAUCGCAUCGAGCCGGCCGGGGACUCUAGUAACUCGCAGGGUCAGCCCACAGAGCCCACCGAGUCUCCGCCUGCAAGGCCAGGCCCGUCCACCUUGCGCACACGAUCCAGCUCGCGAACGCGAAGGCCGAGUAUCCGCCUGACUCGACUUCCUUCCAUUCCCUCCAUAGACACCAAUCUUCCAGAGAGCCAGGCACCAGGCAUCGAACGACAGCCCAUCCGCUCCCCUCCCCCCAACGAAGAAGAUGAAGCCUGGUCGGGCGGUCGAAGGCGCAGCAGCUCCGAGCCGAAUCCGGGGCGGUGGUCCUCUCCUCCACCGGAUGUCCUCACGCGGUCGAUAACUCCCGGGCGGAUGAUGCCAGUGACAGAAGAGUCGUCCCGUCCAAGUCUGUCGAUAACCUCUCCGCCACCGGUCGAGUCCGCCCGAGAGAAUGGAGGGGACUACUUCCAACCGCCCGAAGCCAAAGAGGAACAACCCGAGGCCCCUGCUGAAGUCGCAAGGCCCCCGGGUCGUCUUCGCCGAACAAGCCAAGCCGCGUUGAAUCGCUUCUCGCGGAACCGCGCCUCGACAGUCACGGGUGCUGCGCCGACAAUGUCUACACAAAAGGAAGAGCAGCCAGCGAAUGAGUAUGGAUCUCACGUGGUGGAUGUCCUGGACGUCAUCGACCCCGAGGUCUCGGCACUCUCCACUCUCACCAAUGUCCAGAACUCUUUGUUCAUUCCGAACCUUGGCGGCUUCGUUAAUCGAAUGCCAACUUACACCAUAACCCGACCGCAAUAUUCUUCCGAUGAAGAGCAGGGAACCACAACAGAUGAUGGCGAGAUGUCCGAAGAGGCCAAGCUGAAGCAACGGCCAACCUUGGAACAACUCCGCCCAUUCACGAGCAUGUCUUCAGUGUUACGUGGGCCCCGCUAUGCUGUUCUGCCCGAGGGACACGGACUCGAAGGGUGGACUAGGGAGGACUUUGCCGAGCUGAACGACCAUGUCCGACAUAUGCUUCACUCUCGACGUUCCAAAUUCAAACGCUCCAUGAAGGGCUUCGGCCAAUAUGUGCGGCAGCCGCUCGGUUUCCUUGUGACCUUGUACGCAACUUUGAUCACGCUCUUCGGUCUCGCUUGGGUGCUCUUCUUGAUUGGUUGGAUCAAUGUCGGCGGAAAACAAAUCUACGUCGUCAAUGUCAUCGACAACGUCUUGGUUGCCCUUUUCGCCAUCAUGGGAGAUGGACUCGCCCCCUUCCGAGCCGUUGACACAUACCAUAUGAGUUUCAUCGCUCAUUACACGCUCCUGACGUGGAAGCUCCGUUCAAAGCGAGCUUUGCCAAGUUUGAAGGACAAAAAUGAUCUUCCUUCCAAGCCUGAAAAGGACAUUGAUGUAGAGUUCGGGGACACUUCCAAGGAAGAUGAACACGAAUUCUCGGUCCUUGAUGCCCGCCAGCAACUCCGCUUAAUGCAUCACCAGAAGAAGUUUGCCAAGUCGCAUACCUUCUACAAACCUCACGAAACCUACACUCAUCAUGCUUUCCCUCUUCGAUUCCUCAUCGCUAUUGUCGUCAUCCUUGACAUGCAUUCGCUGCUUCAGAUGGCCCUUGGUGCCUGCACCUGGAGUAUGGAAAACCCCGAUGAGCGGCCAUUCGCCCUCACAACCGUCAUUCUGUGCUGUUCCAUCACUUGCAACAUCACCGGUGGGGUUUUGAUCAUGAUUGGAGACCGCAGGACACGAAAGAAGGAUGUCGUCGAGCGGCUCUUCCGCCAAGAGCUCACCGAAGAAGCUAUGAGGAAGAUGGAAAAGAAAAAAGUCAAGGAAGAGCGUCGCAGUGCUCAAAUUGAGCGCUCCAGUAUGCAGAUGGAUCGACCCAGUACUCAGGGUGAGCGAAAGAGUGCUCAGAUUGAACGAAAGAGUGCCCAGAUUGAGCGAAAGAGUGCUCAAAUCGACCGUCCAGAGCCUUAUAACGGCACUUGA